GCCGUAUUCUACGCGUCUCUCUGUCUCGCUUUGGCCGCCCAGUCGGUCUCGGCCUUCAAUCCACUCAGCAAGACCAAUGUUGUCAACUACUGGGGCCAAAACUCUGUCUCAUUCAGUGGAGGCACUGAAACAGACCUGGUCAACUACUGUCAAGACGACACCAUCAAUGCCUUUGCGAUCGCGUUUGUCUACCAGAUCCAGAAUGGCAAGCCGGUCCUGAAUCUCGCGAACCACUGUGGUGGUACCUUCCCAGGGACCAAUCUCCUCAACUGCCCCAAGGUCGGCCAAGACAUUAAAGCUUGCCAGGCCCGAGGAAAGGCCAUUGUGAUCUCGAUCGGUGGAGCCUCGGGCUCGUACUCGCUUCCUGAUGCUGUAUCCGGUACGGCUUUUGCGGAGCAGAUAUGGAACACCUUCUUAGGUGGAUCCUCUUCCACGCGUCCAUUCGGCGAUGCAGUCCUCGACGGCGUCGACCUCGACUUGGAAUCGGGCCAGAACGCUGGUUACGUCGCUUUUAUUUCCACGCUGCGCAACAAGUUUGCAUCAGCCGGUCGCCGUUACUACAUCACUGCCGCUCCUCAGUGCCCUUACCCUGACCAGGCCACCAAGGACGCUUUGGCCAAUUCGUGGUUCGAUCUCGUCUGGGUCCAGUUCUACAACAACUACUGUGGUGUCCAGAGCUUCGGCACCAGCAACUUCAACUUUGACACCUGGAACAACUGGGCCACGACUGUCUCCAAAAACAAGGACGUCAGAAUCUUGCUCGGCGUUCCUGGGGGACCUGGUGGUGCUGGUUCAGGUGUGAUCGAUGCCAGCAGACUCAACACCAUUUUGGGUGCUAUCAAAUCCUAUUCCAACUUUGGCGGUGUUAUGAUGUGGGAUGCUGGCAUUGCUCGUCAGUCAGGCCUCGCUGCCUCUGCCGCCACGUACCUCCAGCAGUCAUCCAGCCUCCAGGCUCCUGAAAAAUCCAAGCAGCCCAAAUCUUCUAAGGCCCCAACCACUCCAACCACGACCACCACGGCUUCUACAACCAAAGUCCCUACCGCUACGACUCCCGCACCCUCAAAAAAUACACCCUCAUCUCCCAAGGUUCUAAAG